GUGUGUGUGUGUGUGUAUGUGUGUGUGCUGGCACACUCACACCCUAGCGCACAGUGCGCGCGCGACGUAGCCGUGCUUUGCUUUGCCGCUCAGCGUGUAUGUAGCCAAAGCGAAGGCUUAACGGACGGCAGGCAGCAGCUCAACCCGGCUCAUUAAAAUCUCGUCUGCAGACCUUCCGCCGGUCACGCGCAUUACUACUACAGCUCCUCGCGGUGCUCCUGCUGGACCCCAAAGCGCGCGCGCUAAAGGUGUGGAGGAGAGGGCACCCGCUCGGUACAAUGGAACCGAACACGAGCCGCUAAACGGUUCACACACACACACUGACUGUCGUGUGAGAGAGAGCGAAGCGUUGGGAGGUAACGGCGACAUGGAGCCAUCACGCAACAUCUGAACUUUGGAGGAUCAGUUUAUCAGGAUUAUCGAUCAGCACCACGAUCAGACGGAACCGGCACGACGAGGAGCGGGAUCACAGUCUGCACCAGAGAGCCAGAGGACCGUCUGCGGUAUGGCGCGCGGUGACAGUCGUUUGGGGACCUGGCAGGUGCUGCUGACCAUCUCCAUGGUCAUCACGCCCCUGUCUGCUCACGGGAGGCAUUCAUUGACCAGGCGCCAUCAUCACCACAACCAGUCGUCUGUCAACAAGGAGGCCUUGAACACUAGGAUGGUGCUCAGCGACGACUCGGCAGAGAGGGAGCACCUGAUCGGAGCGGGGCUCGGGGCUAAACUGCCUCUAACUUCCACCAAACAUCACCACUCUCAUAAACAUGCUCACCUUGACUUCAUAGAAGAGGACCCACCAGUGGGGGAGGAGCUCACUGCCGGAGGGGCGGGUCCAGACCAACCAGGAAACCCCUUAUCUGAUGAAGUCAUCACCGUGGAGUUUCACAGCCCUGCGCCAGAUACUGUGCCCUCUGAUAACGCUCUAGAUUUGUCCAAAGUUCCCAAACCCCAGAAGCAAAAAGGGGGAGACCCUACUGCUUGGACACUCUCAGACUUUUACGACUACCUGUCCCCCGAUGACGAUCUCUCGGCAUUAGAUGCGACCCCAGAACCAGAGCCUAGCCCUUCACCCCCGGCCGACAUGGAGGAUGAGAAUCCACUCCUGGCAGGCUCACCUGCUGUUCCUGACAACGUGAGGCCUAAAGCAGAUAGCGGGCCUUCCAUAUCAGCGCCUCCCGUGCCAGGGCUGGAGAAGGGUGAUGGGUUCGGCUUAGGUGGUGCCAUGGGGGCUGACGGCUGCAGGCUGGGCUUCGUGCGCUCUGGACCAGGGGUUUGUGUGUCUCAAUGUGACAUUGAACCCAAUUUCUGCUUCAAUGGAGGAGUGUGCACUGUGGUGGCAGGCAUGGGAGCCUUCUGCAGGUGCAAUGUGCAAGACUACAUCUGGAACAAAGGCAUGCGCUGCGAUUGGGCGGUCACAGAGUUCCAGGUGAUGUGCGUGGUGGUGGGUGUGGCCUCCAUGGUGUUCAUCCUCCUCUUCAUGAUCAUCGUAUUCUUUGCCAAGAGGCUGCACCGCCUCAAGAAUGAGAACAAACGCCUUCGCAAACGCAGUAAGUACCGCCCACAGAGCAGCGAGCCGCAGACGGACGGCCUCUCGGUUUCCACAACAGCCGACGGCUCGCAGCCAAACGUAAGGAAACUGUGCGACACCCCUCCGCCCGCUCCCCAAGCUCACACUCACAACCUGGCGUACUAUGACAACAUUAUCUGUCAGGAUGAGCCUCAGAAGCAGGAGGACCCGGUAAAGUCCCCUCAACCGAAGGAGGAGGGCUCAAUGAACAUCCUCAACUCUCACUCCCCCAAACACGAGAACAACCGUCCAACCUCUGUCGUCCACGACCAAGGCCACGCCCCUAACCACACCGAGGAGAGCGCUGAGGAUGGAGUCACUAUUGGUCUGGAAGUGCUCCUUCCCAAAGACGCCAAGCUCCACGCGGAGACCAGCCCGCCCCUUCAGUAUGACGUCUUCCUCUACAAGGUUGCCAACAAUGGAGACUCUGCCUCUCCCAGCAAAGCCCCGCCCCCUCACAGCACCAACUCUUACUCCUCUUCUCAUCCCAUACCCAAAUCGCCCAAAACACCUAAGACACCCAAGUCGCCUAAGGUGCCUAAGUCGCCCAAACACACCAAGGACCACCCACACAGUCACCAUGAACCCUUAUCCGCGAGGCACUCUUCACCUGGCCGUCACCCCUCACCUGUUCGCCACCCAUCACCCAGUCGUUACUCCGCACCUGGGCUCUAUUCUCCACCCACCUGCCAUCCAUCAUCCCAUCACUCUCCCUCCCAGUACAAGUGCAUGCCCACCUCCUCCUCCAGCCCACCUCAGUUACGUCGGCCCAGAGGUCGAUCGCAACCUCAUGGCUCAGAGUGCUCUGGGACCGGAAGAGAUUACCAGAGUGGACACCUUCGUCCAUCCCCCUCCUCCCCUCACCUCACCCAGCCACCUCCAUCGCCAUCCCGGAUGAAGUGCAGCCCGGCCAGCACCCGGUCCCUGCCACCACUCUGCUGACAAGGCCUCAUCCGGCCCGGCUUGGCAUUCAGACGCACAAACAUCUGUCAUAAUCUAAUCUAUCCAGCGACCUGUCCAUCAUGGCUCUAACUGUUUCACUAGUGACUUAUAGAUCAUUUUUCCAUCCAUCAUCCAUAUUUGCACCUUGCCUCCCUUCAUCUGAGCACAUGUUGGUCCAUGGAGCUAGAUAGCUGGAACCGGGACACCUCUGCGUAUACGCCUUUCUCAAACUCAGACAUGUAUGCACCAACAUGCAUACAUAAAACACUGCACAGUCACUGCAGCCAAACAUUCACACCUUGAUGUAAAUGAUAACCUCUCAAAGCUCAGGUUACACAAGCACAUAAUGAACCACUACAUGUGAACACGCUCUCCAAGCACGGUGCCAACGUCAGCCUCUGCUGAGGAUGUAGUUCAUGAAGGUUUCAUAGAGGUUUACUACAUUAGCCUUAGUGUUGUCAAUGGUUUAUAUACAGAUCUUUUGCUAUUCAGUUUGUAAAAUUAUUUCAUGUUUUCACAGGCUUUUUGGUAUGUUUUUCAUGUUUCUAAUCCUCAA